AUGCAUACAACCAACAAAUCCUAUGCCAGUCAUUCCGGGAACAGGCCAUUCCUGGACAUCUUGUCACCCUACUGUCUGGUGCUUAACAUAUGGACAGCAAAUACCACAGCAUUAAAGCCAGUGAUGUUUUGGAUACACGGAGGCGGGCUUACAUUUGGAUCAAUAUUUCAAACAUGGUUUAAUGGCUCAGCACUUGCCACACAUGAUGUGGUGGUUGUGUCCGUCAACUAUAGGUUAGGACCGUUUGGUUUCCUAUACGGGGAUCGGGAGGACGCGCCCGGAAAUGUCGGCUUUUAUGACCAGUUAUUAGCUCUCAAAUGG